AUGGCUGUGCAGAACGGCGGCAACGGAGUGCAGCCGUCUUCUUCCGGCGAUCUCCUCCAUCACCUCUAUCUCCCUUUUUCCUCGGUUUUCUCUCCCUCUCCAGCUAGGCAGCAGACGACGAUGUACAGUAGAACAGAGCAGAUCGACGGCAGCAGCAGGUGUGGGUGGUCGGCGAGUAAUAUUGUAUCUUCUUCCAAUUCCAUGUUGAUGUUGUCAACUCAAAAAUGUGUACACAGCCAAUGGUUAGCAUUGUCACAGCUCAGAGCUCUCAACCUUCAUUCACCACCGCCGUGGGAGCCGUCGUGUGAUGAAGACUUUUCAAAGAAGAUGAUGGAAUGGAAUAUGGAGGAGGAGGAUUGCUGUAGUUGGGAUGGCGUUACAUGUGACCCUGCAACCGGUUAUGUCAUCGGACUCAACCUUAGUUUCAGUAUGUUGUCCGGUGAAAUUUUUCCAAUUUUCAAUCUUCACCAUCUUCAAACUCUCAAUCUUGCUUGCAACAAUUUCAACAAUUACACCCCCGUUCCAUUUCCGUCGUCGGGGUUCGAGAAUCUGAGGUAUUUGACUCACCUUAACCUUUCGCGUACCAGGUUCAGUGGUCAAAUUCCUAUGGGGAUUUCGAGGCUAACGAGGUUGGUGUCUCUUGAUAUUUCCUGGAUGUUUGAUUAUGUAGAGUUAAGAAAACCAAAUCUUGAAUCUUUUGUUAUGAAUCUGACUUCUUUAAAAGAGGUGUAUCUUGAUUAUGUAGGCCUCUCAGCUCAUGGGUCUAAAAACUGGUCUCAAGCCUUAUCCUCUGCAUUGCCUCAUCUUGAGGUUUUAAGUUUGUCCAAUUGUAAUCUCUUUGGUCCUAUCCACCCUUCAUUUGCAACACUAAAAUCACUGUCGUAUUUGCAGCUUAGCGAUAACAAACUGUCUCCUGAGAUUCCCACUUUUUUUGAGAAUUUCAUGAACUUGGAAACUCUCAAUUUGGCUUCUUGUGAGUUGUAUGGAGAUUUCCCAGAAAAUGUUUUUCGCCUUCCAAAAUUGAAAAUCAUUGACAUCUCCAAAAAUAUCAAUCUGAGUGUCCAGUUUCCAGAGUUUCCAAAACACAGUUCUUUGCAAAGCAUUUCACUUUCUCAAACAAAUUUUCAUGGAGAAUUGCCUGAGUCCAUUGGAAACCUACGGUCACUACAAAUUUUGUCACUUGGUGACACAAAUUUUCAUGGAGAAUUGCCGGAGUCCAUUGGAAAUCUACGGUCACUAAAAAUGUUGUCACUUGGUGACACAAAUUCCCAUGGAGAAUUGCCUGAGUCCAUUGGAAAUCUACAGUCACUGAAAUUUCUUGAUUUUUUUCACUGCAAGUUCUCGGGUUUACUCCCGUCAUCACUGGCAAACCUCACAAGUAUUAUUGAGAUGGACAUUGAAGGAAACAGAUUCACUGGUUCUUUACCCCCAUUUCAUAGUACAAGUGUGCCAAAUCUUUCAGUCCUUCGCAUGUCAUCCAAUCUUCUCACUGGUGAAAUUCACUCUUCUGUUUUCACACUACCAUCUCUGAAAACUUUGUACCUAGAUGGUAACAAAAUCAGUGGUGUACUUGAGGAGUUCUCUAAUACAUCUUCCUCUGUUUUAGAGGAGCUGUAUUUGAAUGGCAAUCAAUUUGGUGGGGUGCUACCUAAAUCAAUCUUUAAGCUUCCUAACCUCAUUCAUCUGUCAUUGGCCUCUAACAACUUCAAUGGAAGUAUGAAAUUUGAGAUGUUGCAGAAUCUCAAGAACUUGAUAGACUUAGAUCUCUCUAGCAAUAACUUGACAGUUGAAAAUGAUGGUAGAGGUUAUGACUUACCUCAGCUACAGAAAUUGAAUUUAAUGAAGUGCAAUUUAUUUGACUUCCCCAUUUUCUUGAAGAGCCAAGUACAACUUAAUGAUCUGAAUCUUUCUUAUACUAACAUCCGAGGUUAUGUUCCUAGUUGGUUGGGGAACAACAGCAAUCUCAAGGACUUGGACCUUUCUGGAAAUCCAAUACAUUUUCCUGAACCAUCAUCAGCCAUGGGAAAUAAUUCAUUCAUGUCGCUAUCCGGUCUAGCAUUGCAUUCUUGCAACAUUUCUAAGUUCCCUAAGUUCUUGAAAGGCCUCAAAAGUUUAGAGUAUCUUGACCUUUCAGAUAACAAGAUGGAAGGUGAAUUUCCAAGUUGGAUAUGGGAGAAUGUGUUUCAAUUUGUAAAUAUUUCUCACAAUCUGUUUUCCGUCCUUGAUGAAUUUCCUACAAAUGUUUCUUCUAUUUUGUAUGCUCUUUAUCUUAAUGACAAUCGCUUCAAAGGAUCUCUUCCAUCCGAAUUAUGCAAUAUGAGUAGCUACCUAGAUGUUCUUGAUGCGUCAGGUAAUAAUUUGAGUGGUUUGAUUCCUGAGUGCCUGCUCAAGGAUGCACCACUAACUGUCUUGAACUUGAAAGGAAACAGAUACCAUCAAAUGCCUUCUAAUUUUACAUUAGCAGGAAAUCUUGUUACUCUUAAUAUCAAUGGCAAUCGCUUGAAAGGGAAGCUGCCAAGAUCACUGGUCAAUUGCGAAAUGCUGCAGAUUCUUGAUUUAGGAAACAACAUGAUAUCUGAUAGUUUCCCAUUUUGGUUGGAAAAACUCCCUUCACUCAAAGUUCUUAUCUUGCGAAACAACAUGUUUUAUGAGCUUGAGUGCAAUGACUAUGGUUGGGGAAUACAAAUCACUACCCAGCCUCAUUGGGCAGAAUGA